CCACCCCCCCUCCCCAUCACCCGCUCCGCCCAUCGGCAUUUCCUCCAACACCCUUCAUAUCACCCCACCGCCAGUCAUACGUCCAUAUCCCUACCGACCAUGCCUCAGCAACCGGAUCGGUCGGACGGCCCGCCGGCCAAGACACGCACCCGCCAAGGGCCCCCGCCACAGGCCCCCUCGCCCGGCACUGGUCGCCAGGCGACACCAGCCAAACGGCCACGCAGGCCGCGCACCAUCAAAGCCGACCGCUCUCCAAGCCCCUCGCCCUCGCUGGCGACCGAUCCCCUGGUGGCCGCGACACCUGUUGACAUCGGCCAAUUGGACAACGGCGCAUCUGUUUUUGGGCAAUUUCUCCGCCGGCUAGUGGACGACACCCCGGCCAGCCUGUCACACCCGAUCGUCUUGUCCGAUGCCACCCCCAGCCGGCUAAAGCGCCCGCGAGUGUCGCUUCCUGAGAGCCAGGUCGAGUAUGUUCCGGCGUCAUAUGUCCGCCGGCCGGACUUAGAUGAAGACCUAUGGUCGUUGCUGGCCAGCCCGGGGUUGGAUUUGCGCGAGCACCUGUCGCGGGAGUCGCGCCUGUUGCAAUAUCAGCAACAGCAACAGCAGCAGCAGCAGCAGCAGCAGCAGCAACAGCAACAGCAGCAUCCAUCAUCCCAGCCAUCUUCCCAGCCAUCUUCCCAGACGUCCUCCCAGUCGAGCAUUGGCGAGGAGGAUUUCCACUCAUUGAGGUCGGCCUCGCGCAAGCAAUUUGAUAGGCAGCUGGAUGCAGCUUCAGAGCGCCUGCGUCCGGAACCAACGGCCGACGGAGCAACUGCCCCGACUCCAAUGUACACCCGAGAUCCGAUCGACCCGCUGACGCUCAUUCGCGCUGCCGCCAUUGCCAGCCAGGCCGAGGAUAGCCUUGAUGCCGCUUGGUACAUUGGCCUCUCGCGCAUGGUGACGCGCCUGGUUGGUGAUGGAAUCUUGCCCCGGCGGGCAGGGGAUGCCAAUUUGGGCUUGGGUGCCGAUCCUCUGCCAUCUGGACACCUGUGGAAUCUCCGCGAGCGACUUUUGGCCGGCGGCCUGGCUGACAGUGAUCCCUCUAUGCUGGUCCAUGGUGAUCCAAACUUGGACCUGCACAGCUGGAUCGGCAGUUGGGUGGUCUCGCCCUGUGUAACGCACCUUUCCUCACCACUGGCUAGCUCGGCUGGGGGAUCACAGAAGCAUGCACACUUGUCGGGGGCCAAACGGAAGGGAUCAGCCCCGGAUGCCGGUGGGGCCGGUGCGGACGAUGCUCCAGGUGCCUUGAUCGGGGAGCGCCUUUCUCUGGCCGGUCUGGCUGCUCGCAAAGCGCGCCUUGCCACCCUGGAAGCGGCGACCGGCCAAUUCCCGCGAGAAUUAGAUCUCCCAUACCAACCGCCAGCCUGCGCCAAGGAGGAGGCAGACGAAUCCACCCCUGUGGAUGAAACAACUGACGCCGGUGAUCCGGUGGACAUGGAUCGCCUGUGGCAGCAGCACCUCCAGCGAUGGCGGACAGUGCGGCCCUCGCGUGUGGGACAUCGCCGGGCACCCGGGACCACGCCUGGUGCCGGGAGAGAUUCAGAAACUGCUGGGGACGCCUCUCGGGGGUGACAUAUGCUUGCGCCCGUGUUUGCGCAUGGGGAUCCGGUGCUUUGGUUGGCUCGCAGCCCUUCGAGCUGAGAGACCGCAGGCGGACGAUCUCCACAGCGAACGACUCGGGCGCCCCGCUCUCCCCCGCCACGCCCGAUCGGAACCCCCCCCCCCCUGCCAGUCACUCACGACAAGGACUGGAACCGCUCAAUUGGCAGAUGCAUCAUGUCGCGAGAUGCCACCUCCCCAGGGGACUCCACUCCACUUCUUCGGAAUGGAAACGCAUAUGUAGUAUCUGUUCAGAACUUGCUGUGUUCUCGAUCACCAGAUUGUCUCAUUUCGCAUGGAGAAUCAUGUCCAUCGCAUGCAGUUUUCGAUUGGAGGGGAGGGCAGGAGGGGGGCGGGGGCGGGGAAAUGAUCGGUCGCUCACGCUCCCGAAGUAGGGACCAUAACCAAGCUGCGAUCGGCCGCCCUAUCUGCGCCGAGAAGCAUUCACGGCAUCAAUUAUGCACACCACAACUCCAGAGCAAGACACAUGUGCGUAGAAGAGGGCCAGCACGCCUGCGCCGGGGGCCAAGGGCCCAGAUCCGCCCCGCAGGAAGUCCCGUUGGGGAUGCGGGCGCCAACAAGGGAUCGUCUUUCGUCGGGAAGAGCGCACACCGCGAUCUCCUGUCAGCUCUUCCCUCGCGCACACACACACACA